AUGGCCGAAGUAGCAGCCCCUCCCCAGCCCACGCUGGUGUCUGCACUGCCAACAAUGCUCAUGAGCUAUUUUACCACGCCAACCACCGACAACACUGCCUCGUUGAACGACAGUCGGGAUGCGAAUACAAAAAGCUACCAAAAGAACAAUUAUACCAUUGAAUCACUACCAAUGCAGGACAAUAACUCUACCCCGCGAAGCCACAGGAACAAUCCAAACAGAAACUCACUGCCGCCAAUAACCAACGACGAUGACGACGAAUAUGCCUCUCGUGAAGGUUCACUGAUGAGCUCCAAUGGCGGCAGGAGGAAGCGAUCCUCUCGCCCCAAGACUUCAUACAGCAUUGCCCAUGCACCACCCAAAGGCAGUGCGCGACACAAGAUCCAUGUCCGCGCCAAACCCCUGUUGCAGUUGCACCAAUUGUCCCACUCUGCGAGACCCAUGCCUGCCUACGAACUUCUACCUUCGGCUAUCUUCUCUCCCUCUCUGUCGCGCGCCAUCUCCAAGACCUUCCGUACCCGCCACGGUCUCUGUCCUGCCGACCUGGCCAUUGUCAAGGCUGAAAAGUACCACCAACACGAAGCAUCACCUAAAGAGGAGGAUGAGUCUAGAGACGUUCUGGCCCUUGUCUGCAAAGGCCGAAAGGGAGAUGGCAAUACAACAUCCAAGGCGAGGCUCUUUCUCGAAGACGGAAGCGAGUGGGAGGCCUAUCCUCUGCCCAAUGGUGGCUACGAAUUCUUUAGUACCGACGCACAUGGCUUGGGCAUGACUGCACGCUGGGUCGUCCGCCGUCCAAAGGCUAGAAGGAGUCAGUCUGCCUCGGACAUGACGACGUCUUGGGGUACUGACAACGCCAACCAAAACAAGAAGUUCAACUUCAGCACCAUCUCGCCCAACUCUCGUCGCCAUCCUGUCAUUGCAUCACUCACAACCACAUCUCUUGAUAUCAACGAUUCUUAUACCAUCCCAUCAGCUCUGGCGCCCUCGCCCGAGAUCUCCGACCACGAGGAAGCUGGCCAGGACUCUGGCAGUCUUUCUGAGCCAGUCAUCACAACUCAGUCCCUGAAGAGUUUGAUCACUGCCACUGCCGUAUGGGUAACCCUUCGUGAGGGCUGGUGCUCUGGCUAUCGUUACGACGAUCUUAUGCUACGAUCACCUUCUCUCAAAAUCAAUACCUCUCCCAUAAAGUCGCCAACAGAUUUGUCCCCUGCUGCUACUUUCAAAGAGGACACUCCAAGAAGAAGCGGCAGCAUUGCUCGUAUAUUCCGCUCUUCUGGUGUCAAGCGACGCUCCACGUCCUCUCAAAUCGACGGCUCUACCUCGACUGACGAGGCUCCUAUUGCUAGAAGUGCUAGUGCAAGGAGGGCUCGUGCUGAUUCUACCAGCACCGUCUUGGUUCAUUCUAAGCGUCCCCGAGGACGUCGUGCUGAUACUACCAGCUCUACUGCAUCCGGUCUCGCGCACAUGGAUCUUGCACCAAGCGAUAUGACCGAAGAAGAGGAAAGUGUCGAAACCACAGCCGCCAUGCUUGCCAAGUCAAAGCACUCUUCGGCUCCAACUCCCUUGAUCCCUGCUCUUGAUCCGCACGAAAGCGAUGAAGAAGGUCACACUCUUCGUUCAGACUCAGCCAAGUCUCAAGAAGCCGAGAGAAAGCUAGCUGCCGCAGCUGCCCAGCGUCAGAAGCGCGAAAGCUCCACCACCUCAGCCAAUAGUAUAGAUGCCGGUAAAAUCGAAGCAACUCUACCACCGAAAGCAAAGAAGAGUGGCAAGUUUAGAAAGCUCUUUUGCGGCAUGGCAGGCUGA